AUGGCCACAAACAUUGCUUCCCCCAACAUCCUUAUCACAUGUUUCCUAUUACUUUUCUGUACCUUCUCAACCUCUACUCAACUUCCCUUAGAUCCAUUCGACAUUGACCAAUUCGACUUUGAGAGUGCUCUUGGUAAAGACAACAUCUUCCUCGCUGGCCAGAAUCUUCCCGAACCAGAUUCCCAUCCCGCCGAAGAAACCACUCAUCAUCACUUCAACAUUGAUAAACCAACAACAAAAACAACAACAGAAACUUUAGAAGAAUCUAAACCUCUUCCAUUAACGGUUUUCCGUUUUGGUCCCAUUGACCGUUCACGUUUUCCAAGACGUCCAUUACCAUUAUCUUCCGACCAACGUGUCCGCCACCGUUGCCACCACACUCAUCGUCAUUACAGGCCAUGGAACAAUCGCCACCUCCCUCACCGUGAUAGCGACUCUUCCUUGAUAACAAAAAUCAACGAUGUGGAUAAGGAAUUCGAUGUGGCUGCGCCGCGAGAUGGAGAUGAUGAUUGGAUGAGGUUUGAAGACAAUAUUGAUGAACCUAUAUCGUUAUCACGGAAACGUAGCAAAGCAAUGGAGAAGAGUGAGUUAUUGAAGAGAAUUCAUACCCGUUACAAUCAACUCCGUCGAGAGAAAGCUGAGAAAAAGAUUAAGGAUAAUGGGUCAACGUAUGUUAAGAGGAUUCGCAAGUUUUUGAAUGGCGUCUAG